UCUCUCUAUCUUUUUUUUUGUAUAGUUCUCUCCAGAUCCUUGCUGUCUGCUACUGAUGUACCAGGAUGCUCUCAAUGGUGCAGCGGUAGUAGGACACCAGCGGAUACUGUGAAAAAGUAUGAUCGUCGUCGUGCCUUUUUCACCGGUGCAUUUGAUGUUUGGCAGUCCAUUUAAGAUCCUCUGUGAUGUGGGCGCCCAACAAUUUGAAGCUCUUCACCCCCUCCUAUUUGGCUUUGAUGCACUGUGGUGUGUCUGUUAAACAGAGGGGGGUACGUCGUGUUGUCAUUUGUGGAGAUUGAAAAAUUGGUGCCUUGAUAUGAGUGUUUUGACUUCAGAAUUUUGCGAGAUAUAAACCGUCGUUAGGCCGAUUAAAUUUUUUUUUUGCUUUGCCUUGAACGCACAAGCUUGAGAUUCGAGCGCUGUAUGGUGGUCAGUAAACACAAUUCACUUCACAACACAGAGGACUACUGAAAAAUUAUUCAAAAUGGAGGCUUCAAGCUGUUUACUGACAAACUAAACAUAAAACAAAGCAUAACGCAUCUUCAAAAACAACCACACAGCUUUGUCCGCUCGCUUAAUGCUGAUUAAAUGCGUAUUGCAAACGAAUAAUGGGAAACUCCAUUGACUAAUGCUAAUGGUAGCGCUAAAUACUAUAGCAUCUAUGUUGCGGCGUUACAACCCUUCAAACAACUAUUUGAACACAUGGAGACAGUCAAGGGGUGCACAUAAGUGGUGUGCCGGUGCGCAUGUGCACAGAAAAUAUUAAAGAACAUUAUUGGCAUUUCCAUGUAAUUCAGUGGGGAAAGAGCUUUUGAGAUACAAGUGUUUUGAGUUACGGGCUUUGCCAAGUAGUGAAUUAAACUUGUAUUUCAAGGCAUCAGUGUAUCUGUUAUUUAUAGUAGGCGGAAAAGUAAAAAGUUGUCCAAAAAAUAAAUACUCUCGCGAAGUACGGAAUGACACCUGAAUCUACUUAGGACAGUGAUGAAGCAUUUGUACUUCGUUACUUCUCACAACCAGUGACAAAGCAAUACUUUUAUGGCAGACAUUAUAGCAGGCUCUAAAAACAAACACCACCUUGCAGGUAGUGAGUGUCCUUUGGGCCCCUCCUCCAUUGAGCCCACACCCUCCCCCGCUGCCUCUCACCGAUCUCACCUUACAGCCGCCCUACUGACACAUGACACUGCACGCUGACAUGGAACCAGCGUACCAGGGCCUGGGUCGCUGUGUCUGUUGUUUCUGGCUCGCCGUGGCCUUCGACAUCGUAGGACUGCUCGUCCUUCUCAUCGGGGUGUUCGUCAACGUAUUUUUCUACGACCUGCUCAUCUACGCCGGUGCCAUUGUCAUCUUCCUCAGCCUCGUGUGGUGGGUGUUUUGGUACUCCGGCAAUAUCGAGGUGCUCUCCGUGGAACUUGAGGAUGACGUGGGCCUGGUGAAGAAGGACAAGGGCGCUCUGGGUGGCAUCGGCGGGGCGGUCCGGCGGCUGUCCAACCGCGUGUCCAGCGGCAUCAGGAAUUCGUUGCGCAGGGACGGAGGCGCGGCACCCGGCAGCCGGCAGGGAGGCGCGCAGAGGUCUGCUGCGGAUCAGACUGGGGGCCCGGUGGUCGUUGCCAUGGCAACCUUGACGCCAAAUGAGCCAACUUUUCGGACUUCUGCCUCUUCGGUGGAGUGCUAUGAUGCGGAGAUGCCUCCCACAGCAACAGAGACCUCCGCUACAUAAUGGAAGACCAGUGGUGAGGUCUUUGCCAUGACUGCAUUAUCAAUCAAUUAUCUUGUAUUAUAAAUCAGAACAUGACUAUAGUAAAAAAAAAAAAUAAUAAUAAAAACUGGAGUAAUAUUUUGUGUUUGUAUAUAUAAUUUACAAUAAUGUUAAUAAUAAUAUGGAUUGUCGAGUAUUGAUAGGCGAUAUUAUUUAUUAUUUCAAGGUAAUAGGUACUUGUGAAGGCGACUGAUAACCAGCCAUCGAGACUUGUGGCAAACAAAUUCUGACAUUAAGCCAGCAGUUGGCACUCAACACUCCAGCGCUUUGACACGCCAGCAAAUCAUCAUGUUCUGUUCACAAUCACUGUACAUGUCAUUGUUUGAAUUGAAAUUUGAUGCAUCAAAAGUACUAGUCAGUGUUCUGUAUCGGAAUUGGUAUAGCUGGUCACGCAACCCCACAUCGUUUUCAGUUCAUGUCUGGUCAGCAAUCACUUUCCGCCACCCGGAAAUACACCAGUGCCUAUUGCUUACAAACAUUAUGGAAGGCUCCAUACUGUACAAUACUCAUUGCCCCAUAAUUGAUUAAGAUGAACAAUUUCUCAUCCCUCAAAUAUGUGUUCUGCUAAAAUGAAUGUUAAUAAUGUGAGUUAUUUUGUCUUAUUUUAUUUUGUGUUGUUGUCCCUGUUACUGUGGCCGGCAGCACACUUUGCAUCAAGUUCAGAUUCAUUAAUAUGUCCAGUAACUCUCAUUGAUACCAAAUACAUUAGCGUCACUAAUUUAUUACACAAUACAGUAUGGAUUUUUUGUUUUUAGAUUACAUCCUUGGGGUAAAGGCAAUAUUCAAAUCUAUUAACCAAUCCUUUUUUUUUUUUUAAAUUAGUUUUGCUAUUCCCACCAGUGUAUUUCUGAUUAGUUUUCCCCAUAUUUUAAUGGAUCUCAAAUGUAAAGCUAAAUGCUCCAGGCGGUUUCUAGAUCACAAACCACAAAGUAUUAUCAGGAGCUAAUUAUUAACCUUAGUUCGUUACUGACUGAAAGAACACACCAGUUCAAACCAUAGAAACCUGAUAGGUACUUCCUUACAAUAGAAAUCAGAUACACUCUGGUGCAAAAGUCGUGUGUCAACAACUUUUCCAAGUCCCUGAUGCGAUUUCAUAUUUGUUUCACUGGCAGAGACUCUUGUGAAUUAAAUGCUGGCCCAAGGAGCGCCUGCAUGUGCUUUCUUCAACUUAGCUCAUUGAGUUUUAGUUUUAUUACAAUAUCGGUGUUGAAUCAAGAAACUGGAUAUUCAUGUACAA